AUGCCCGAAUUAACGAUUUUAAAUAGACAGCGCGGUAGAGUAAAGGCAAAACUCACUAACUUUAGCAAUUUUGUCGCCCGCGUUGAGGAAAUGCCAGGAUAUAAGGAAGAGUUACCGUUGCGUGUCGAAAAGGCGGAAAAUCUCUUGUCAGAAUUUGAUGUAAUUCAAAGUAAAAUCGAGGACAUAGAUGAUACUGACGUGCAAGUUGCCGAACGGAAAGAAUUCGAAGAUACAUAUUACCAUUUAAUAACCAAGGCGCGAAAAUUACAAUUAAGCGAAGGAGCUCCUCCAGAUCAGGUUCAGCACCCAAAUUCUUUAGCAGCUACACAGCUUAACAACGGGCUUGAGCAAUUCGCGCUCAAACCAGCUGUUAGACUUCCAACUAUUGAACUACCUAAGUUCGAUGGAAAUUAUGAACAUUGGAUACCAUUUCGAGAUUUGUUCGAGUCACUCAUAGCUUCAAAUGCUUUAAUUCCACCAGUUCAAAAGCUACACUACCUGAGAUCAGCGUUGGUUAGCGAUGCCGCUAAGGUAAUAGCUCCAAUAGAAAUUACUAAUGAUAAUUACAAAAUCGCUUGGGACUUAUUAAGGCAGCGAUUUGAAAAUAAAAAACUAAUUACUCACCAGCUUAUUCAAACGUUGUUGGACUUGCCAUCCAUUACCAAGGAAUCACACGCUGACCUCAGACAGUUGGUGGAUAACGUAUCACAAAUUACACAGAAUCUCGCAAAACUAGGUCAACGCGUGGAACACUUUGCCAUAUGGGUCAUUCAUAUUAUAUUGCCCAAAAUUGAUAAGGGAUCUCGUAGAGAAUGGGAAUUCAAAAGAUCCGAAGUGGAAGAGUUUCCUACCUUAAAUGAGUUUAUAACGUUCCUUAUUAGCCGUAGCGCAUGCCUCGAGGCGGUAUCCAGAGCCAAUCGAAAUGCUCAACCCGCCUCUGAUAACAAUAAGACCACUCACGGUCAUGGAAAAAAUACCUCAAAAUCCUAUAUCGCCUCAAAUAAUUCAUCUUGUCCCGUAUGUGCGAAUAGCCAUAAGAUUUAUGAAUGUGACUCGUUUCUCAGUAUGUCAAUAGCCGAAAGGAAUGCAGAAAUAAAAAGGAAAAACUUAUGCAUAAAAUGCCUCAAGCAAUUCCAUGGCAAGGGUUGCAGAGCCUCCAACUGUCGAUUGUGCAAAGGAUAUCACAAUUCUCUAUUACAUAGAUCCAAAUCCUCAAUGGAGCCAAGCGACAAGGAAACAAAAUCAUCAUCUUCAAGCGAUAAUAGCACUGUCAGCGUGGGGCAACAAUUGAUUGCGGGUUCAAAAAGUAAUGCGGCCUCCGUCUCCUUAAGUAACCACGCCACCAAAGGAUCCUCUCAGGUACUUCUUUCCACGGCAGCCUUACUCAUCUACGACUCUCAAGGAAGACCACACAAAUGCCGUGCUAUACUUGACAGCGGGUCGCAAUCGAACUUCAUCACUCGACGUUUAAGUGAUAAAUUAGAAUUGAGCCCUGAAUUUAUCAACAAAACAAUAACGGGCAUAAGCGAUGUACCCAUAUGUGCCAUCCAACAAGCAGACGCAACAAUCAAAUCUUGCACAAGUGCGUUUCAGACAAGGCUUACCUUUUUGAUUAUCGAUAGAAUAACUGAUCAAUUACCUACAUUCAGAAUCAACAGAAACAGUGUAAACAUACCAGGUAAUUUAAAAUUAGCAGAUCCGCACUAUCAUACGCCCGGCGACAUAGAUUUAUUAUUAGGAGCAUCGAUUUUCUGGGAGCUUUUGGGAAGCAAGCAAAUCAGAUCUUCGUGCAAGGUACCCAUACUUCAAGAAACCGCUUUAGGUUGGAUAAUCUCGGGCAACGUGCAAGAUGAAGGCACGCAUCAACAGCGACUCAAAACAUAUUGCAGCAUCUCUACCAAUGCAACAAUCCAGAGACAACUGGAAAAAUUUUGGCACCUAGAGGAAGUAAAUCAAACAAACAGCCAUUCUAAGGAAGAAAUCGAGUGUGAAGAACAUUUCGUCUCCACCCACUCUAGAAACGAAGAGGGUCGUUUCAUAACGCAAUUACCAUUUAAGGAUAGCACUCAAAAAUUAGGAGAAUCGUACGGAAUUGCUGAAAGGCGAUUAAGAUCAUUAGAGCGCAAACUUGAAAAAGAUCUCGAGCUGAAACAACGCUAUCAUGAGUUUAUGCAGGAAUACUUACGUCUAGGACACAUGACGGAAAUUCCAUUGAAUAAAUUAAACUGUAAGCCUUCCUAUUAUAUUCCGCAUCAUGCCGUCACAAAGGAAGACAGCGAAACCACAAAAUUGAGGGUGGUCUUCGAUGCAUCUUGCAAAACGACGAGUGGACGAUCGAUUAAUGACCUCCUCAGAAUAGGACCAAACUUACAAGAUGAUCUAUUUGACAUCGUCAUGCGAUUGCGUCAAUACAAAUACGCCAUGACAGCGGACAUUACCAAAAUGUACCGCCAAGUGCAAAUCACCGAAGAGCAUCGCAAGUUCCAACGCAUUUUAUGGAGAUGGUCAAGAGAAGAACCCAUUCGUAUAUUCGAAUUGAACACCGUAACCUAUGGAAUGUCGAGUUCGUCCUUCAUAGCAAUUAGGUGUCUGCAAGAGCUCGCACAUCAAUUUAAGAAGCAAUAUCCUUUAGCGAGUGAAGUCAUAUCUAGGGACUUCUAUGUGGAUGAUCUACUGACGG